CUCAAUCCAAACCUCAGACCCUGCCUCUCUUCGCACCAUGAGCUGAGUCUGUCCGGGACAGACCAGGGAAGAUGGCGGCCACUGACCAUUCCCGGUCCGAAGCUGCCAAACAGCGACGGCAGGAUCAGCUGCAGCGAUGGUUGGGCUCGGACACGGAUCGGACGGAAUCGGAGGCCCGGGAAACCUCGAGCGGCCCCGCGACGCGGCGGACGAAAGUCCGGUUCGCUCAAGGAGCCGUGUUUAUGGCCGCCUGCUCGUCUGGAGACCGGGAGGAGGUGGCAGCGCUACUGCGGCAGGGAGCUGACAUCAACCACGCCAACAUAGACGGACUGACAGCGUUGCACCAGGCCUGCAUUGAUGAAAAUGCAGAGAUGGUCCAGUUUCUGGUGGAGAACGGAAGUGACAUCAAUAGAGGAGACAACGAGGGUUGGACUCCUCUGCACGCUGCAGCGUCCUGUGGCUUCAUCCAGAUCACGAAAUACCUGAUAGAGCACGGCGCUCACGUUGGGGCGGUGAACAGUGAAGGUGAGCUUCCUCUAGAUGUGGCCACAGAAGACGCCAUGGAGAGACUUCUCAAAGGCGAAAUCAAAAAACAAGGUAUCGACGUGGACAAGGCCAGAAAGGAGGAGGAGAGGAUCAUGCUCCAGGAUGCCAUGGUGAUGCUGGACAGAGGUGGUACUCUCACACCUCACCCAAACACCAAGGCAACCGCUCUGCACGUCUCUGCGGCCAAAGGCUACAUUGAAGUCCUGAAGGUGCUGUUGCAGUGUCGGGUUGAUGUGGACAGCAGGGACACAGAUGGCUGGACACCCCUGCAUGCAGCGGCUCACUGGGGGCAGGAGGAAGUGUGCGCCCUGCUUGCUGACCACUUCUGUGACAUGGGUGCCGUCAACAAUGUGGGCCAAACACCUCUAGAUGUUGCCGAUGAGAACCUCGUGGACGCUCUGGAGGAGCUUCAGAAGAAACAGAAUGCUUUACGCAGCGAGAAGGAGAAGCAGGCUCCUGUUAUUGAGACCAGCCCACCGAUCUCCAUGGUACCAGUUCGUCCGCGCAGGACUUCUAUCUCUCGUAUGAGCAGUAAGGAGAAGAUCUGCCUCCAUGAGCGGGAGAAGCACCCUCCCCCUGCCCUGCAGAGCAGUCCAGCUGAGGACGAGGAGGAGGAAGGCCAGACGGGUCCAAAUCAACCUCAGAGCCAGACGAAGGCCUCCAGCAGCUCCAGCUCAGAGGAGGAGAGUGAAUCUGAGAGUGAUGCCGAGUCAGAGAAAGCAAAAAACCGAGAGAUCAUAAACAACUUGAACAACAAACGCAACACCACCAGCCUGCUUCCUACCUCCAUGUCAACGAGCACCACUUCAGGCCAAGUGAAAAAGCAGGAACCAAGCAAACCUGCAGUCACAGAGGCCCCGGUCUCCUGGAGAACAUCUCUGAGGAAGGCAGGCAGCUCGGUGACUCUCGGCUCAGCUGGACUGUCCGACCCCAUCCAGGACCCCAGCAGACCUGCAGAGGUGGGACUGGGCAUGACCCGCUCAGCCUCCAGUCCUCGCCUCAGCUCUGAGGCAGACACCAAGGAGCCGAGGCUCGCUCGGGUGCCACCAAUUCCAUCCCGGAGACUGUUUAGUAUUCCGGACAGCAGUCCUGACAACUCCAACAGUUGGCUAAGCCGUAGCUCCUCUUACACUCGGCGGCUUCAUAGUCAAACAGGAAAUGAUCUCAGUAGCUCCACCCCUUAUUUGCUUCACAGCUCAUCGUAUGGAAAGAGACUGGAUGACCCCACCUUGACCUCAUCUAGCAUAGGAACAAGUUCUGCGGGACUUAGCCGUUUAAAUAACAUCCUGGCACAGAGACAUCCUCAGGACCAGACAGAAAAGAAGGAUCAGUCUGCCGUCACCGUGUCCAACUCUCAGAGCACGACCACAAGUGAACAAGAGACCAAACAGAGGCGCAAGUCUUAUCUGACACCAGUGCGGGAUGAAGAAGCAGAGGCGCAGAGAAAAGCUCGUUCCCGACACGCGAGGCAAUCUCGCCGCUCGACUCAGGGGGUGACCCUAACAGACCUGCAGGAAGCAGAGAAGACGAUGAAUACCAUGAAGACGGACAACAAAGGGAGAGAGAAGAAGGAGGAGGAAGAGAAGGAGAAGGAAGCAAAAGCCAAGAAGGCAGAGGAGGGGGAAGUGAGCUGGAGGUCCCGUAUCGCCAGCCUACAGAAGUCGGACCUGCUGGGACUCACACAGCCCGCUGGCACUCCUCGGCCUCAGGCGUCCGACAGGAGAGAUGUUGAGGUGGAGAGUGAGACCAUGCGAUGGGCCAGAGAGCGCAGGGAGAAGAGGCAAGCUCGGGCCAGGAGGAAGGCACAGAGAACCGGGGAGAGUGAUGACAAUGAUCCCAGUGGAGAGGAAGAGUUCUCAGGCAGUGGACUGGAUCCACAGAUAGACCAGCACUUGAGUUCCAGGUCGGUUGCAUCCUGCAAUGACCGCACCCAGAGAGGAGAAUCCGAGACCAAGGAUUUUAAGAAGUUGUUUGAGGAGGUUUCCAGGGAAAACAGCCAGCUCCAGUCUCAGCUGCAGGACACCCAGCGGGUCAUCAGUCAGACCAGGUUGGACCUGGAAAAGGCUACACAGAGACAGGAGCGUUUCACUGACUGUUCAGCCCUGCUGGAGCUGGAGAGAAAGGACCGGAGGAUGUUGGAGCGGCGAAUGGCAGAGCUGGAGGAGGAGCUAAAGGUUCUGGUGGACCUGAGGGCAGACAACCAGCGUCUCAAAGAUGAAAAUGGAGCACUGAUCCGUGUCAUCAGUAAACUCUCCAAAUAGAUGUGGCGAGGGUGAGAGAGAGAGAGAGAGAGAGCGAGAGACGAGAAGAGCAGGGAACCCCCUCCCCCUUCCCCAUCCCUCCCUCCUUUCACACAUUCCUCCUAGUGCCAAAGAGUGAGAGGGGGGAGAGGAGCAGCAGAACGUUUAUGAGCACCACGAGUUGACUUGGAUUGUGAUGCCUCUCUGUGAACAGCUGGAGUGGCCUUUGUGUGCCUUAAUGCCCGUUUGCCACGGGAAGACGAGGCUCGAAGGCGCUCGGCUUUGGACAGAGGCUCCAACAGCAGCAGCAUGAGAUUUGAAAACAGCCAAGAUACCCACAGCUGGUGGAACACACACAAAAAACCCCACAUCAUCUACUACGACUGUGCAUCAGGGGAACCCAAACAUGCACACACAUUCCUAUGCGUGCAUCACAUACUUCCUCGAUGCACAUUCCACUGAGCGCACAAGGCAGCUUGGGCCUUAAAGCUCCCACUUUGUAUUUGUUGUUUUGUUUUUCUUGUGAUCACACUCAAGUCUCACACUCACAAAUUUACCCCACUCACAGUCCAAAGCGAGUGUGUCGAGCAGUGAGGGUGUUGGAGUAUCGUUUUUAAAAACUCAGCUCUGAUUCAUGUCUCGCUCCUGGCGUUCGGCGUCACGCGGCGAAAACAAGUCCAUGAAGCUCUGUUGGGUUGUUUUAUUUCCACAUGCAAGUGUUUGAACCCACCUACCUCUCCACCUAUGCACUUCCCCACAUACUUUUUUAAUGUUUGUGACCACAGACACACUCCAUGCUCUUAGGUCAUGUGACCUCAGCACUUUACUCUCUGCAAAGCAAUAACAGAUCGGCGGGGCUUUGCCCGUCCUCCAGACAAACGAGGUCAGAGCAGCACCUUCUCACUUGGUAAAAGUUACCCAGAGCCGAACGGUUUAAAAGUCAUUGCACAAUUAUAAAAUUAGCUGUUCUGUCAAAGCCUAUUAUGCUCUGAAUGUUUUUUUUUCUUAAUUAUCAUUGAUAAGAUAUUAUUUUUCAUACUUUUUUCAUUGUCAGUUCCUCUUGCAAUGAAGUAUAGAUAUAUAUUACACAUGUAUAAAUGUUAGUCUUGAAUAAUAACCCUAAUGAAGUAAAGUUCCAUGUAGCCUUUUUUCCACAUGUUGGGUUUCUAAUAUAUUAAAUGGAUGUCUGCACCCCAAUAAAAAAAAAAUGUGUGUUUGUA